UUGCAAACGUCAGUGGCAAAUGUGACGUUCUUUGUAUGUUUUAUACCCAGCGAUUUUGCAAGGCUUCAAGAUAAAUACAAAUGGAUGCUAGAGAGUUAUGUUUUGGAUUUCUUUACCGAGAAUAUUUGGCAGAAACUUCCUUCGAAAUGGCCGGAUGUUUUGUUUUCGUUAGGGCCUCAAGAAAUAUCAUAUUUCUUCUUCGAAAUGUACUCUCUUUCGCAAUCAACGGAUGAUAAUGUUCAAGCGAAAUUAAGACAAGUAUGGCCAUUGGAGUUGUUGUCCUUUAUCGCUGCUUGUCAUGCUUUAAGACUCGAUAAUCAACCUUGGUUGACGAAGCUGAAGGAUUUGGAUAAAAAAUAUGAAAGGACGACGAGCAACAAUGGAAAAAUGUCAACCGCUCGUGUCGUGAUGUUGCCAUGGAAGCAUUUGAGCAAGGAUUUGAAUCAAGGAAGACGUCACGAGGUCGAACAAACAGAGAAUGUUGUCAGUUUUACUGCACAAAACAUGGCUAUAGGUCAUCCAUUGCGAUGUUACGUGAAGAGAAAGAAACAAUACGAAAUUGAUAUUCUGUCAAAGUUAAUAUUCGAAGUUGCGAAAAAACUUCAAUGUUGGGAUAUUGUGGAUGUUGGAGCGGGCUUGGGUCAUCUUUCUCGUACGUUAAACUACGAGUAUGGCUUACGAGUGUUGACGAUCGAAGGCGAAGGUUGUCAUCGGAAACAGGCGGAGAAAAUUGACGAAAAAGUUCGAUCGAAGUUCAAGAAACAUGAUAAAGGUUCGCAGGACGAGCAAGGAUUGGGGAGGAAUUUGAUUCACAUUACACGUUAUAUCGAUUCGGACAUUACCGUAGAAGAAUUUUCGAACGUUGUUUUGGAAGCAUUCUCGAAGAUGGAAAAUUCUGAAGGAUUUGAGAAGACUAAACAACGUUUUAUAAUAGUCGGUCUUCAUACUUGUGGUGAUCUUGCUGCGACAUUACUACGAGUUUACACACAUUGUUCCAAUGCCGUUGCCAUCAUUUCUGUCGGUUGUUGUUAUAUGAAACUCACUCAUGAAAAUCUAAACUCCGAUCAAAAUAAGAAGAUCCUCACAAGGAAAGAAAACUCGUCGAACGAAAAUGAGGCAUCUCUAUCAGCGAGAGCAAACACGAACGCAAGCGAAGGUUUUGAAAUCAAGUUCCAAGAAAAUAGAAAUAUAUCUUCAUUCCAAUCAUCGGAGAACAAGAAUGAAAUGAAAAACUCAGCGUGUAGAAUGGAUGAAAUGAAAAACUCAGCGUGUAGAAUGGAUUCAAAGAAACCUGCAGAUCAGAUAAACUGUUUUACUAAGCGAGAAAUGAUUUUGGGUUACCCAUUGAGCGAGUACGUUCGCCGUUCGUCAAAACAUCGAAUGGUUUAUAAUGCAUUUGAAUGUGCCUGUCAUGCCGUUGAAAGAUAUCAAAAGAAACUGCAAGAUCGCUCACCAACGCUAAAAUUGCAUUAUUACAGAGCAAUGUUAGAAAUGCUCCUUAAACAGAAGGAUCCAGGCUCUGAAAGAAGACAAAUACGAACUCUACGAACUAAGAAAGCUGCAAAAAUGUCUUUGAGCGAAUACGUUCAUAAUGCCUGUGCUACCUUAAAAAUACAAGACAUACCUACCCAUCAAGAUAUUUUAAAGAUUACAGCAAUUCACGAAAACAAGGAGUUUCACGUUGUCGUAUUUUAUGUUUUGAGACUUCUGAUGGCACCUCUUGUUGAAGGAUUGCUUCUUGUUGAUCGAUUAAUGUUUAUCGAAGAAAAUUGUUUUGAUAGCACUUGCAGGAUUACAAAGUUAUUUGAUCCCAGAAUAUCGCCGAGAAACUUUGCUCUCUUAUCACAAAAACAGAUCUCAGGAUUGACGAAGAACUGAAAGAAAUAUAUUUAACAUUGAUGGAUAGACUCUCAUCGUACGUUUUUUAACGCGAUAGUUGACCUUGGAACGAAGUAUGUAUUUGGAAAGCUGCUUAACAUUCGAAUAUCUCCGUUCAAAAUUCCUUAAAAAAUAUUGAUGGUCACGUGAUUGCCUUAAGACAUUGAAGGCGUCGUUUAACAUAUAGACUCCUGGGGAAUAUCGUUCAAGCUUACCCAGUCAAAAUUCCCUUCCCUUCUCCAGUGUAUGAUCUGCAUUGACGAUGCCAUUGUAGAUAAAUUCUAUGAGAUCUAUGGCUUCAUGUACCAUCUUAAUGAUUAUAAUUUUCUAAUACAUAUUUGUUUAGUUAAA